UUUUUCUUUUAUUCUCAUCUUCUUUUUGUUACUUUUCCCGUAUUUCGUUCUAUCUUAUUUCUUGUACAUACAUAUGUAACAAAGAGUGACUAGGAUUCCUCGACUUGUACGGUCACAUAACCUCAUCUAAAUAUUUAUUUUGUUUUAAAAUCGCGCAGGAAUCACCCAUUCAUAUCAUCCAAGGAACAAGUAUGGCUCAUCGAGUUCUCAGUCGAUAUCCCAGAACGAUGGUACAUCAUUCGCAGAAAGUGGUGCAAAGGUUCGAGUACCUGCUCGUGAUGGACUUUGAGGCUACGUGCGACAAAAACCCAGUGCUCAAACCGCAGGAGAUCAUAGAACUACCGUGCGCAGCGGUGUCCACAUACGACUGGGAGUUGAAGGACACGUUUCACACAUAUGUCAGACCGAGGAUUCGCCCCGUGCUCACACCGUUUUGUACGGAUUUGACGGGGAUCAUGCAGGAGACUGUGGACAAUCAGCCUUGCUUCGCAGACGUAUUCACGGCGUUCCGGAAGUGGCUGACGAAGGGAGGGUACUUCGACAGGCCCGACAAGAGCUCGUUCGUGACAUGCGGCAGUUGGGACCUGAAGAUCAUGCUACCGGCCCAGUGUGAUUUAGACGGCAUCACGUUAUCGGAUGAAUUCAAACAGUGGAUAGACUUGAAGCAUACAUUCUGCGAAUCCACCGACUACUUCCCACGGAGCUUGAAAGACAUGCUCGCACGAUUGAACCUUCCACUGCAAGGACGUCUACACUCGGGCAUCGACGAUGUGAAGAAUAUGGUUUCGAUAAUACAAGCUUUGAGAAAUACGUAUAAUACACAAUUUAAAAUUACUUCAUCGUUAAUGACUUCCACAUUAAAUUUGGGCACCAAGCAGGAACAUGAAAGGGAACAUGAAAGAAAGAACACGUGAGAAUUAAUUAAAAAAUUGUUUUGCAUUAAGUAAAAAAUAGUCGUUUUGUAAAAUUUAUCACAGUAACUAUAAAUAAAUAUUUCAAUCAUAUUGUAAAUAUAUCUGAUCACUGUCGUUUUACAAUAACAUUAAUCAGU